AUGGCAUCAAGCUCAAUGUCUUCUCAAGGCUCUGGCUCGUGGACUGCUAAGCAGAACAAAGCCUUUGAGCAGGCUCUAGCAACCUAUGACCAGGAUACUCCUAACCGUUGGCAAAAUGUUGCCAAAGUUGUGGGUGGAAAAACAACUGAAGAGGUAAAGAAACACUAUGAGCUCCUUUUACAAGAUAUUAACAGCAUAGAGAACGGUCAUGUUCCAUUCCAAAACUACAACACUGGUGGAGGCUGCACUAAUGGCAGGCUGAUUGAAUCAAUAGAGGAAAAGAGGUUCAGAAAUAUGAGGCUGCAGUGA